CAAAGAAGAACAACGGACACGAUCAAAGAACCAAGAACUUUAUCAGUUUCAUCUUUAUCAUCAAACUCUGGUCUUUCUUAUCUCUUACUCAAAUAUAUCUACCUCCAUUCUCACAGUUAUCGGCAUCCUGAAGGGACUGUGCUGAAUAAUCGUAAAAGAAGGAUCAUUCAAUUCUCAUCACUUCCCUCGAGCAAGUCUCCUUUUAUCCGCUUUCUGAAAACCAUACGAGGAUUUCAGUCUUCCUUAUCACGUACGAACUUCGGAACUUGAUUUAAGCCUUUCACAUCUUGCGACCUGUGGAAUCCGACCUGCAUCUCUUCUUAAUAUCGUCACACGUUCAACGUCUUCAAACACGCUUCAAAGGCUUUUCUUUCGCACGACAACUGUCCAUUCUGUGUCAAGCUAUACCUUGUACGAGAUGGAAGAACUCUUAAACCCAGCCGCGGACCCUGGCCUAAUCGAUCAAGUCGUCGAGGCGGCUUUCAACACCCAAGGACCACAACAAAAAGAAGCCAUGACGAUCCUCACGCAGUUUCAAGAACAACCCGAUGCCUGGCAGAAAGUCCCCAUCAUCUUGGAGUCAAGCAACUCUCAGCAAGCUAAAUACAUUGCCUUACAGAUCAUGGAUAAAUUGAUUACGACGAGAUGGAAGGCUUUACCAGAACCUCAGCGAUCCGGUAUCAAAAACUUUAUCGUAGGAUAUAUUGUGAAAAUGACGCGCGAUGAUGUCCUUAUGCGUAAGGACAAAGGCUUUAUCAAUAAAAUGAAUCUAAUCUUGGUACAGAUUCUCAAGCAAGAGUGGCCACAUAACUGGCCAGGUUUCAUACCUGAAAUUAUCGCUUCGUCCCGGACUUCACUUUCAUUAUGCGAGAACAACAUGGUGAUCUUGAAAUUACUGUCCGAAGAGAUUUUCGAUUUUAGCGCUGAGCAAAUGACUCAAGCCAAGACAAAAGCCAUGAAAAAUCAACUCUGUAAUGAGUUUGCGGAUGUAUUUCAGCUUUGCAACGAAAUUUUGGAAAAGGCCACGAAACCUAGCUUGAUCAGUGCUACCCUUCAUACUCUUUUGAGAUUCCUUAAUUGGAUUCCCCUGGGAUACAUUUUUGAAACCAGCCUGAUCGAUCACCUGAUCAACAAGUAUCUUGAAGAGCGACAAUACCGUAACAUCACUCUUAGAUGUCUCGCUGAAAUUGGUUGUAUACGUGACGCGGGGCCGGAGUACGAUGCAAAAUUUGUUCUACUUUUGACAAUGGUGAUGUCAUCCGUCAAUCGAAUCUUACCACCUGCCACAGAUUUGAAGGCAAUGUGGGACAACCAGCCACAAUACGAGCAAGAAUUUGUCAUGGCACUGGCUGUUUUCUUGUGCAGUUUCUUGUUCAAGAAUGCUAAAUUGUUAGAGGUUGCUCCACAACAUGACCUGAUGGUUAAUGUUCAUAUGUAUCUGGUCAAAAUCUCGCAAGUCGACGAUCGUGAAUUGUUCAAAGUCUGCUUGGAGUACUGGUCAAAAUUAGUGAAGGAGCUUUAUGAUGAACAACAAUCUAUCCCGACCGAUAUGGGGCCCUUGAUGGGUAUUGGCUUAAAUUUGGGUGGAAGCGGCGGUGGUAAUGGCUCUCAUUUCGGAGGUGGUGAGAUGCAAGGAAGAAAAUUACUAUAUCGUGAAGUUUGCAGUAAUUUGAGGCUAGUUUUCAUCGAGAAGAUGGUGAAACCUGAAGAAGUUUUGGUUGUGGAGAAUGAUGAAGGUGAAGUAGUUCGUGAGUUUUUGAAAGAAACAGACACCAUUGUGCUAUACAAGGCCAUGCGGGAGGUGUUGGUCUACUUGACUCAUUUAGAUGUACCCGAUACCGAAGACAUCAUGCUGACCAAGCUAGCUCACCAAGUUGAUGGCACGGAAUGGUCGUGGAACAAUUGUAACACAUUGUGCUGGGCCAUUGGAUCCAUAUCAGGGGCGAUGAAUGAAGAAUCCGAAAAGCGAUUCUUGGUCACUGUCAUCAAGGAUUUACUUGGCUUGACAGAACUCAAGCGAGGAAAGGACAAUAAAGCCAUUGUGGCCUCUGAUAUCAUGUACAUUGUCGGCCAGUAUCCUCGAUUUUUGAAAGCGCAUUGGAAGUUUCUCAAAACAGUUGUGAACAAGCUGUUUGAGUUUAUGCACGAGACUCAUGAAGGUGUACAGGAUAUGGCCUGCGAUACGUUCAUCAAAAUUGCUCAAAAGUGUCGGAGACAUUUUAUCCAACAGCAAGCCGGCGAAACAGAACCCUUUGUGGACGAGAUUAUCCGAAAUCUAGACAAGAUCACUGAGGAUCUGUCAUCUCAACAGACCCAUACUUUCUACGAAGCCGUCGGUCAUAUGAUUGCUGCCCAACCAAAUCGACCAGUCCAAGAGCGCUUGAUUGCAGGACUUAUGCGAACGCCCAACACAGCCUGGGAUCGCUUGAUGCAACAAUCCGCUGCCAGCGUGGAUGUAUUAGCAAACCCAGAGAACAUCAAACUGCUCUCUAACAUCCUGAAAUGCAAUGUCUCUGCUUGUGUCUCCAUUGGUCCUUUUUUCCAACCUCAAAUUGUUCGUAUCUACAUGGACAUGCUCGGCCUCUAUAAAGCAGUAUCUGGGAUCAUCAGCGAGACAGUAGCCCUUGAAGGGAUCAUCGCGACGAAAACUCCCAAAGUUCGUGGUCUCAGGACAAUCAAAAAGGAGAUCCUCAAACUCGUCGAUACCCAUAUCCGGCGCGCUGAAGAUCUCAACGCCUUGAACGAUACACUUCUCCCUCCGCUCUUGGAGGCAGUCUUGGGAGAUUACAAUCGCAACAUCCCGGCCGCAAGAGAUGCAGAAGUCUUGAAUGUAGUUUCCACGAUCGUCACCCGGUUAGGGACUUUACUGACCGGAAAGGUUGCGGCAAUCCUUGAACUUGUCUUUGAGCCUACCCUUACCAUGAUCAACCAAGACUUUUCGGAAUUUCCAGAACAUCGUAUUGGGUUCUUCAAAUUAUUGCGGGCUAUCAAUGCUGGAUGCUUUAGUGCCUUAUUGGCGUUAGAGCCUGCUAGGUUUAAGUUGAUGAUGGAUAGUGUCAUAUGGGCUAUCAAGCAUAUCACUCGUGACAUUGCUGAUGUUGGUCUUGCCAUAUUAUUGGAGCUUUUUGCCAAUGUUUCCCAGCAGACGGAUCCACAAACUGCGGCUGCAUUCUUUCAACAAUACUACAUCGGUAUCCUUCGUGAUAUCUUCUUUGUUCUCACAGAUGCCGAUCACAAGAGUGGCUUCAAGGGACAAUCCCAAGUUCUGUCCAGGAUGUGGGCUCUGGUUGAAACCAAUGCGAUUGCUGGUCCACUCUUUAUCCCUGCCGAACAUGAUCCAAGUAUGGACAACUCGAGGUUCCUAAAAGAGUAUACUUUGAACCUACUGAGCGCUGCUUUCCCCCAUGUACAACCGCUCAUCAUUCAGCAAUUUAUCACUGGUUGCUCCGAAUCAUAUGGAGACGUCGCCAGGUUCAAAGGCAACCUACGAGACUUUUUGAUCUCUUUGCGUGAACACUCGGGUACCAGCGACGGACAACAUCAUGAUUUAUUCCAAGAUGAUAAGGAAGCGUUGGCAGCUGCUAAGGCUCAAGAGCAAGCAGCUGUUCCUGGUAUCUUGAAACCAAGUGAAAUCAAAGAUGAAGAUGAAGAGAUCUUGUAAGCAAGAGUUUGGAGAGAAACAUCUUUUGGAGGAUGCAUGGUCAUGGGAGGGAUUUGAAUCUUAAACUUGUUCUAUAUAAUUGUUUUUAAUGUCUUACUGGAUGGAUGGGUAAGGAGAUCAAAGUCAAAGUCAAAAGAAAUGAUAUGAUUUGAUUGUACCUGCAGACUUAUCUCAGCGUCACUCACUCUGGAUACAUAUUUUUUUUGUCUCUGUUUGACUUAUGAUCUUGAGGCUUUUGGAGAGAGGGCAUCUUUGGUUUGAACUAUAUACACACAGAUAUUCCACUUUGGUACAACUGUUUUGACGUUUUGUUUUUUUGGUUAUCUGAUCUGAUUUUUUUCCUUUCAUUCUUCCUACUUUUUAUUUUUUUUAUUUUGUCCAAGAGAAUAUGGGUUUUAUUGUUUUCAAAAUCAAAAACAAACAAUUCAUCUUGGAUUUGUACAUCCC